AUGGCGCCCACUAAAGCGCCAGAGAAAAAGAACCAGCCAACUACGCUACCUCACACAACUAAUCAUAACCCCACCGCCCAAAGGAAUCAGAUGUUGCAGGAUGACAUUGAGGCGUUACCGGGAGCAGUCACGGGUUUGGACUCGGCUGAGAAGUAUCUCACCAAUGUUCUCCUUCGCCAGGCUGACGAACCUCUCUCCCUGCUCCACCUGGUGGGCAUCCUUUUCCAAGUCACCCAAAUGGCCAAACCCAUCCCACUUGCCGUCACCAACGCCAUCAGAGCUGUAGCCUUCAUUCUCAAACAGCAAGCCGCCUCGGAAAUAGCGGACGUAGUCGCCAAAGCGGCAGCCAAACAACUCACGAAUUCCCUCUCGACCAACAUCGUGAACAGUGUCAUAGCAGCUAUCGCCCCUCAAGUGGCUUCCAUACACACCACUGCAGAAUCUUUGAUAGGAACGUUGGCGCAAUCGAAGCAACUUCACGACGCAAUAGAAAGGGAAAAAGAGGAAGAAAAGAAUGAUCUCAAAACUGCAGCUGAACGCAUCGAGGAUGCGGUGGACACCCUAUACGAAUCCAUCGAGGACUGCAAUAACUCCUACAAGCUCCUCACACCGUCCCUCAAAUUCACUCAGGACCGUCUCAACAACCUCGCGACUCAGCUCUCCCAACCCCCACCAGUUAUCACGCAGCCAACAGUCACUCCCCCAGCCUUCCCUACCUACAGCUCAGUAGCAGCUGCCAAUCUCCCCCCGUCCAUUGACCAAGCGGUAGCCAGAGCAUCUCUUCGAGCCAAACAGAUAUUGCUUGACCCAACGCCGGGCCACUCUCUCUUCCUGGCAGAAGCCACUAAUGCCACCAUUGCUAAGCGCAUCUCUGAUAUCCUCUCUGAAAUACGUGGCGAGGGAACCCCUACAGGCGCAGUCCGCGCGGUCCAGCGCCUUCGCAAUGGAGGUCUGAUAGUGGAGCUCGACAAUGAACAACUAGCGGGCUGGCUCAAAGGCCCUACAGGCCGAAUGCUGCUCGAGUCUCAACUGGACUCGCCGGCAUGCAUACGGGAUAGGACCUAUUCCAUCUGGCCGUCACUGGACUACACAGUGCAACGCGUUCCGAACCGAAUGCUGCGUAAACUGCAAGAGCCAAAACCACACCAGCUGGAGUCGCAAGUGUCCGGAAUUCAUCCGCCGUUGCAAGACCUUGGACGAACAAUACCCGGAGAACAAACUCCCCUUCUUCCCUACCAGCUCCACCUGGAACCCAACCAUCCGUCCCUCAAGGGCACCAACCUUGACGCCCAAUCAUUCUACUUCUCCCCGCACUGCAGAGCUGCACACACCACCCCCCGCUAUCAACACAAGCAAGCCACUCUCCCCUUCAAACGCGUUGACCCUCUGCAGCCAACUGCGACUGCGCCUGUCCCCCCGAUGAGCUCUCACCCCCCCUCAACUCCCUCGACUACGUCCACUCCUGCGACACCAUCAACCCCCUCGUCACCCACACCCCCUUCUACUCCGGUGUCGUCACCUACUCCCUCGUUGUCCACCUACACGACCCCCAUUGCCAGCCCCAACUCUCUCCUCCCAAAUGUCUGA